AUGCCGCACCAAGAUCUGGAUCGGCAGCUCGAGUCUGCGGCUACUAUAUCGACAUCAGCAAGCCCAUCAUCAGCCGCUCUUCAGGCGCUCGAGCAGUACAAGAAGCGCGACUCCUCGAAAGUCGUCGUGCGGUUCAAAGCCAUCGGCAAUGCACCCAUCAUGAAGAAUAACCACUUUCGCAUCACGGCAUUCAACCGUUUCCAAGCUGUCACCGUCUUUCUCCGGAAAGAGCUCAACUUCAAGCCUACCGAUUCACUGUUUCUCUAUAUCAAUGCAUCAUUCAGUCCGGCGCCAGACGACACCGUUGGGAAUCUGUACCGGGUAAGUCGAUCUACGAAGCUCUUGUUUUCUGGACAGCGCAACCGAGAGCUAAUACUAACCCUUUUGGUUUCUCACGAACCCAUCUUAUGCUGUCUACCUGUAGUGCUUCGGUACCGAAGGUCAUCUGAUAGUCAACUACAGCACAACAGCUGCUUGGGGAUAGACUCUCGCCAUCGUUGCAUGUUGCUCGUAGACAUAUACCCGUGGUACCCCCACCACUAG